AUGCCUAAAGUAAUUGAAUUAACAAUAGAAAUAGAAAUACAAAAGGUGUCAUGUCCGGGUGUAUGGCUGUGUCAAGACGGGCGGGUCUCCUUAACAGUAUUUGCUUUGGGUACAAGUUAUCAAACUUGUUUACUGCCACCAGUAUUUCCACUAACUUUUAAAGAUGUAUUUUACUUUCGUAAAAGAUAUCAAGAAAGUUGUGCACUUAACAAUAUAUGCUGUUUAUUAAAGGAUGAAACUAUAUAUUGUGAGCUUGUACAAUGGAGUGAGGACUGUGAAAGUGGGGAGUGUGUUAUAUUGGCCCAAUACCUUGGUGCUAUGAAUGAUGUUCUCUUUCCACCUAAUAUGUGCUCUACUGACGGUGUCGAUUUACUUAUGAGAAGAUCAAAAGAUUUUCCAGGAAUACUGUCUCCCAAAAUAGAGAUAGCCACAAAAGUGCGUAUAGACGAGGUAUGGAAUCAAGCCUGUAACUUACUUAAUGCCGCCAAAGUUAAAGCUUGUCAUUGCAGUCCGAGACCUAUUGUUGAUGUUUCUAGACAAAAACAAGUUUGCCACUCGGCCCAGUACCAUAGAAAUAAAUGCAGCAAAAGUAAAAUGUCGCCACGGUCGAGAUCAAGAUCGCGUUCCCGAUCUGGCGGCUCCAAAUCGUGUUGUAGUUUCGAACAAAAUGACGAACUGCACUCCUCCUGCCGAUGUCCGAAAAUUAACGAACAAGUAGCAAUAAAUCCCGAAACAAAGGAAGAACAACUGCAAAAGCUUAUCCUUGAAAGUCGAUACAUAGACCAAGAAAAUUACAACAAUAACGAUAUCUACACUCCUAAAUUGAAAUGUUAUAGCAUGAAAGUGAUGCCGUGUGUUUGUGAAAUAUGCAAAAGAUAUCAUGAAAUCUUUCAUAGUAAUGAUAAAGCAAGU